AUGGGUAUUGAUCUUGACCACCACCACGUCCGCUCGGGUCACCGCAAGGCACCCAAGUCGGAGAACCCCUACACUGCCCUCUUGGUCAAGCUCUACAGAUUCUUGAGCCGUAAGGAGCCCUUCCCAGACAGCAACCGAUACGACCGCCGUACCGACAGCAAGUUCAACGCUGUUGUCCUCCGUCGUCUCUAUAUGAGCAAGAUCAACCGCCCCCCAAUGUCGCUCUCCAAGAUCGUCGCCACUGCUGCCAACAAGUACUCCAGCAAGGCCCAUGAGGGCAAGACCAUCGUCUUGGUCGGCACCGUCACCGACGACAACCGCCUCUUGGAGCUCCCCAAGCUGUCGAUUGCCGCCCUCCGCUACACCAACACCGCCCGUGCCCGCAUCAUCGCUGCCGGCGGUGAGGCCCUGACCCUCGAUCAGCUGGCCAUGCGCGCCCCCACCGGUGCCAACACUCUCCUCCUCCGUGGCCCCAAGAACGCCCGUGAGGCUGUCAAGCACUUCGGCUUCGGUCCCCACUCUCACAAGAAGCCCAAGGUCGAGUCCAAGGGUCGCAAGUUCGAGCGUGCCCGUGGUCGCAGACGUUCAAAGGGUUUCAAGGUCUAAGCACCUCGGUUAUGAAUGGGGUUCAAAAUGGCUGUCUCUGGGUGAUAUCAAUCAUGAGGCGAGACAUGAUGGGUUUCUCUUUGCUAGCGAAUUUAAGCAUCUUCCGGGACAAAUUGGUUGGUGUUACAAAAAAAGCGCCGUUUUCGCAAAAAGGAACAACAACGAUCAAAUGGCAAUAUUUCACGACGUGACUGCAAUACCGCUGUCCCCAUCUUCGAG